AUGGUCCGCAUCAAGGAGAGAUAUCUCCUCGUCAACAUCGUCUAUCCUCCCGAGGCGACAUCCAGGGCCUCAUCCAAAGUACCCGACUUGGUGGUCCAUCGCCAGCCAACCAUCGAAAGGCUCACGCCUCAAGCCCUUCUUAAGGCCAUCCGAACCGAAGCGGCGCUGCUGUUUGGCGACUACGGAGCAGGAGCUCUGGAGGGCCACCUCACGGUCAAGUACCUUUCCCUGGCAACAUCUACCUUCAUCCUCAGGUGCUCCAGAGCACACUAUCAGAUUCUGUGGGCGUCGUUGACAUUCAUGGACCGGGUGCCCGUCAAGGAUGGCCGACCGUGCAUCUUUCGCGUCGUCCGUGUGAGCGGCACAAUGCGCAAGGCAGAAGAGGAAGCAAUCCGUCAAGCACGAGCGCUCAUCCUGGCUGCCAAGGACGAAGCCUCAUCUAGCAAAGCUACGAUUAUUGGCUCCGAGCGCGCCCUUCAGGACCAGUUCUCACCCGAGGAGAUGGGCGACCUCAGCGACGAUUCCAUGGAUCAAGACGACGGUUGA